UUACGCGUAAAGAAAAAAAAAAGAGGAAAGAGAGAAGGAAACCGGUGGAAACGUCGUUUCGCCUGCGCGCUCGCCGUUCGCGAUGCGAGUAAGCGAGCACGGGCAAGCACGAGCGUUAUAGUGAUCGGUGUUCUUCUUCGUAGCGGUGUUCAACCGUCACCGUCGGCCGCGGUUGAACGUGGACAGUGUCGUGCGACAGUGAGACCGCGUUUGAAACGCGUGCGUGUGGUGCGUGUCUCUCCUCUCCUCUCCUGUCCGACAUCUAAGCGUUCGUACCAGCGAGUUCCCAAGUGUGCGAAUGUGAGACGGAUUCCGUGUACGUGCGCGAGCGAGCGAGUGAGAGAGAGAGAAAGAGAGAGAAGGAGUAAUAUAGAGUUUGCUGUCUGUGUGCACUGUGCGUGCACACGCGGGAUGUUGCCGAGUUAUGAGCGUGCGGGCGCGCGCGUGUGCGUGUGAGUACUAGAAAGAGAGAGAGCGAGUGUGUGUGUGAGAGAGAAAGAAAGAUAGAGAAAGGGAGGAGGAGAGAAAGACUCGUAGCAAGAAAGAAAGACGGACGGGAAUAGAGAGAGGGAGAGGGAAAGAGAAAGGGAACGCUAGCGCGUGCAUGUGUACGUGUGCGCGCGCGUGCGAGCACGUCCUCCGUGAAUUUUUCUUUUCCCUCGCUGGUGUUGUGUCACCGGCGGGUAAAACGAGAGGCUGAGGACGCUCACGGACGUACGGACGUACGUCGCGAUAUGUCGGAGCACCACCGCGUGGCCGGUGGCUGGGGCACCGCGAGCCCGGGUAACCGAGAGGAUGCCUCCGGCGGUGCCGCCUGGUGGCCCUCCAAUCUCCAGACCGAACAGCAGCAACAACAGAAUCUACAUCAGCAUCUGAUGAAUCAGCAGCAGCAGCAACAACAGCAACAGCAGCAGCAGCAACAACAGCAGCAGCAGCAGCAACAGCUCGCGCAACAGCAGCAGUCGCAGCACCAUCCGGACAGCGUCCGAAGUACUGCCGCCGCGGUGAACCAACAGCUCUUCUCCUACAAAAUGGCCUCCAGCUUCCAGAACCCGGCCACCACCGGCGCGAUAUCGAGUCCGGUGUCGACAUCCACGCCGGGCGGCGGCGGCGCCGCGUGCAUGAGGGGUGGAUACGAUUACAGGCUUGGUACGGCGCCGGGUCCUGGACAAGGCGCCGCUGGCGGCGGCGGCGGCGGUGGCGGCGGCGGUGGUGGCGGCGGUGGUGCGGGUGCCGGUGGCGGCGGCGCCGCCGGCGUACCCGGCACACCUUCCGCACCGCCGCCCGGCGUACAGUGGUG